AUGAGGCUGCUUGAAUUCCCGGACGGCAACCUCGGCCUGUCUGUCUCCAGGGAGAACGUGGCAACGCUAGAUCUCUGGUGUCUACAGGAUUACCGGAACAAGGUUUGGGUGCUCAAGCACCAGAUUCAACUGGCGCUCCAACAGAUGCCGGCUCUACUGCAGGAUGAACAUCUUUGGAUUCCAGCUGUUGUCUCACCAGAAGGGGAUGUGCUGAUCGAGUCCCGGUAUGGGCUGUUCCACUGUGACAGGAAUGGGAAUUUGCUGCGCAGGUUUUGGUUUAAUCAGCCUCGGAGUGGUCACAGGGUGUUGCCUAUUAGGCAUGUGCUGAGGAAGAGCCUUGUUCAGCAUCCGAUGUUCCGGCCCCGGCCGUCCAAGAAUGCUGCUGAACCGCCUUUCUUCCGUUGGCUGUGUAGUGAUCCCAGCUGCAGCUGGUGA